AUGAACGUCUUCUCUACACGACUGGCCGUGGGAAUCUCUGACUUUGCCCACCGGCUUGACCCUGACACCAUCUCUGGCGAGCAGAGUCGUGACUUCAUCACGGGGAAGAGGAGCAGUGUGGACAUGAUGUUUGGGCGCAAUAAAAAACAGACGGCGACGAAGGAGAAGAGCGAUGAUGAUGUGGGAGUGAGGUCGAAUUCGGAUAGAACUCUCACGAACGACUUUGAGCCUUCGAAACAGCAGAUCAAGCGAGCGACGAGGACGAGGUUCUUAUGGUCCUUGGUAUCGUCGUUUCUGCUGCUGGUUUCGGUGGUAUUCCUGAUCCUGGUGGAGAUUGGCGACACGAAGAACGAGAGCAUACGGAACAAGAUUUACUUCAUCAAGCUCGACUUGUCCGACAUCAUCCCUGUGGCAGUACCCAAUGCUGUCUUGAUCAACAGUAUUGCGCAGUCACUUGGUCUGCACGACUUCUACACUGUUGGCCUAUGGGGAUACUGCGAGGGCUACAACGGACAAGGAGUCACAAACUGCUCCUCACCCAAGACCUUGUACUGGUUCAACCCUGUUGAGAUCAUCCAAAGCCAGCUUCUCGCAGGUGCUACAGUCGCCCUCCCCGCCGACAUCAACGACAUCCUGGACCUAAUCCGCAUCGUCUCCAACUGGAUGUUCGGCCUCUUCCUCACCGCAGCACCCCUCAACUUCAUCCUCAUCUUUCUCCAGCCCCUCUCAGUCUACACCCGCUGGCUGACCCUCCCCGUCGCCAUCCUAACCUUCCUCGGCGCCCUCUGCGUUACUGCCGCCGCCAUCAUCGCUACUGUGAUGUUCUACAUUAUGAGGAAUGUCAUCACCGGCGCGACACAACUGAAUAUCGGAGCGUCAUUGGGAUUGGAGAUGUUUACUUUCAUGUGGAUCGCUGCGGGGGCUGCGAUACUGGCGUGGUUGGUGCAGAUGGGGAUGUGUUGCUGUUGUGCGAGUCGGAGGGAUGUAAGGAGGGGGAAGAAGAGGGGAAGUAAGAAGGCUUGGGGGACGGAGACGGUGGGGGUUAAUGAAAGUUAUGGGGGCGAGAAGGAGGGAAAGAGGAGAGGGUUGCCGAUGUUUAAGAGUGCUAGGAAGCAGUGA